AUGUUUCGUGGAGAAAAGAACCAAAUCCCUGCUGUCUACAGCGAAGCAAUAAAAAAGUAUGAGGAAAUCACCAAAAAACCGCUGCUUGACCCCACACUGCUUGAAAUCACAUCUACCGACGCUUUGCUGGAUAAAAUCGAGAAGGAAAAUGGCAAAUUCGACGAUUUUAGGGCAACCAGGAACGGUUUAUUCAACGCACUAGAGUGUGCUCUGAAACCCAUCGAACUGGUUGGACAUCUUGCGUCCGGUGCAGCGUCCAUAGCUUUUCCUCCGAGCUCUCUUGUGUUUGGUUCGGUUCUUUACCUGAUCAAUGCUGCUAAAGGAGUGUCUUCUUCCUACAAUGCUAUUCAGGACUUGAUGGAGUCGCUUGAGAAUUUCACGGUUCGGCUACGCAUAUAUAACCGUGAGCAUAUUUCAAACGAAUUGAGCAAGCAUCUUAGUGACAUCCUCGUCGUUCUGAUCGAGGUCUUCGCCUUAUCCAGAAAGGCGAUCAAAGGUGGCAGGUUCCUCAAGUUUGCAAGGAACGUUUUAAUUGGCAACGACGACAAAAUUCAGGGUGCAGUAGGAAGACUCGCCAAACUUACUGAAACUGAGCAACGCCUUGUGGGUGCUGAAACAUUAACGGAGAGUAAGAAAACGAGCCGUGUUGUUGAUGAUGUUGCCACAAAUCUCGCAGCUACAAGCUUGACUGUUGACAAAACCAGCGUCUCAGUUUCCCAGAUGAGUCUUGAAGUCACAGAUAUGAACAAAAAGUUGAAUACCCUUAUACAGGACGCGACAUCGUCAAACGAAAUAUCAAAAGCCGAACAAGAUAGAAAUCGCCAAGACAUUAUUAAAGGGGUCCUCGAGCCUUCGGUUACUGCUUAUGACUGGUACGACAAGAUCAAUAAGGCUCGAGUUAAGGACACUGGAGAUUGGAUCAGAAAUGAGCAGUCUUUUAUAUCCUGGAUAGAAAAAAAGAUACCCAUUCUACGGGUCUCUGGUAACCCGGGGGCUGGAAAGUCUUAUCUCUCAGCCAACAUCAUAUCCUAUCUGAAUGGCCAAUAUCCACAACUCGUCCAUCACUCGUCCCGUGUCUCAGUAGGAUAUUUCUUCUUCAAGGACGACAACCCGAAAACCAGGUCUAUUCACCAAGCUCUUCGGGACCUUGCAUACCAAAUCAGUCAAAAUGACCCUGUUUAUGCGAAAUAUAUUGUGACAAGCGCCCUCACCGCCGAGGAUGUCAGCACCCUGGAAAGUGCUUGGCGAACGCUCUUUAUCGAUUUCUUCGUCAAAAAGACAAGCGUGACUAGCAGUGUUUAUUUACUCCUUGAUGGUGUUGAUGAAGCAUUCGAAGCCGAAAUAGAGCCAUUUUUCGACCUUGUUAAAGAUAUAAAUGAAGUGACCGAUAAUUCUCGAAUUCAGCUGGCCAUAGUUGGAAGGCCCCAACUCGGUGAUCUUAUUUCAGACUCUCUUGAAGAGGAUGUCCCUACGAUUUAUAUCACGGAAAGUAAAAAUUCAUCCGAUAUCAUUCGUUACAUUAAUAAUAGUAUCCGAAAAUCAAACACUCUUAAAAGGGUGUCAACGAAACUACGAUCCGAAAUUGUCAAGAAGCUUUCUGAUAGGGCUCAAGGCAUGUUCAUUUGGGUAUAUUUGAUGCUGAAAGAGCUACUGAAGAAGAGGAGUGAGUCAGCGAUCCGUGAGGCCCUGGAUGAUGCGCCUCGUGGAUUGAAUGACAUGCUCUCUCACGUCCUCAAAAGUUUCUCUUUGACUCUUACCGACGAUUACCUAGAUACCCUAAAUGAAUUGCUAGCUUGGGUAACAUGUGUGCAGUGGCCACUGACGCUGAGAGAGCUCGAUACGAUCAUAAAACUUAAAUCCUCCGACGGAGAUGGUAUGAUCUAUCUUGAAGGGCCACUUCGGAGACAAUUUGCUUCCUUUUUCAGUCUUAAUCGCGAAGAUGGACUAACUACCGCGGACCUACAUCUCAUAAAUCCAAACGUUGCUGACUCGGAUGAAGAAGAUAUCGAUGACGGCCAAGGGGAUAGCUUUGAGGAUAUUGAUGAUGCAACUCAGUUUGACUCGAAUCUAGACACAACAACGGUUACAUUCUGCCAUUCAUCUAUAGGAGAUUUCUUUCGAGCUGCCAAGGGUAAAAUCUCAGCUGGUGACGGAUAUCCCAGUAUCGGCGUCGAUAUUGACGCCGCUGAAUUCAACGUCACGACGACAUGCCUUGAUAUUUUGUGCGGUGACGAGUCCAUGGUUAAUGCUGAAAAUAAAGCCGCGAGCUUGCGAUAUUAUGAGGAUAGGCACUGGCCAAAAAACCCCCAUAUGCUUGGUGCUUCAACAAAGUCAUCCCUUGAAAUUUCAUGCGAUGAAGCGUCCAUGAUUAAGGUAGAGGAUAAAGCCGCAAGCUUGCGAUACUAUUCGGCUAGGAACUGGCUAAAACACCUCCAAAUGCUUGAUACCCCAACGAUAGCAAACCAGCAGACGAUACAGAUAGCCACUUUGUUGUGUCGAAUGUUUAGCCAACAAAGUACCAUGAAGUAUUGGGCAUUUACAGUCGGUCCGCCAUUCUUAACCGCUGCUACCCUUGACUUGGUCAGAAAAUGGCUGGACGACAAGCAAAUUAUGGCUGCGCUACCCCGUGACAGUCAAGAAUUUGUCAAGUCAACGUCCGAGUCGCCGGUAGAAACAUUUAAGCCAUUAAUCCAGGUUGUCCAAAGAUAUUGGCUGGGUGAUUUACUAGGCCAUUCCAUCACUUGCUGUGACAUGGUCUUUAACUACUUUUGCCUGAAAGAUGGAACUCCAGAUCUGCAGCGUGAAGGUUGCAAUUCAGCGGCGAAGAUUAUCUCCAUAGCUGAGCGGUUGGGCAUGGAGAAAACUGCUAAUUGGUACCGGAGAGUUGCCGUUACUCUUCGUGACAAAGGCUUUCCUGAAGAGUCAUUGGUAUACUUUACCAAAUCCUUGGAGCUUGAUAGUACGCUGUGGCGUUCGCGUGGGGGGAUGGCAUCAGCCUAUUUUCAACUAGGGCAGUAUGAGAAGGUUGUUGAACUGCACGAAAUGUUGGUAGCCGAAACUCAACAAGAUACUUCGUUGCGAAAGGGGGACCUCUCUGAGAUGAAUAAAUACCUUCAUGCAAUACAUGAACAGACGGCUGAAUGUUAUGUCAAACUGGGAGAUACGGAAAAUGCGCUGAAAUAUUAUCAGAAUGGCCACAACAUUUCGCCUCAAUGCAAUAAAUGUAUUUGCCAGCUUCUACUCUUGAUGGAUGCUCAAGGCCGCUGCGAUGAUAUCAUCUUGACGCUGAAAGCCAUGAAAAAUAAGAUAAUCCCGACUGGGGAAUAUUCUGCUUUGGCUGCCUUCAUAUAUAUCAAUUUCGAGGUUGACUCGGAUUACUUCAAACUCGCCGCGCGUGCCGCAAGGAAUACCGGGGAAGUGGAUUUUUUCAUCGAGGCCUGCCGGGACACGAUUCGUGUGACCAAAAAAUUGUUGAUUUCGGUUGAAUCGAACAAGCUAGAGCUUUGUCUUGCAGAUUUCUAUUACAAGAAUACAAAUGAGCAAACCAAAGCUAUCCGGAUAUGGAACAAGGUCAUUGAAACCUUUGCGGAACCCAGACUUGGAAGUGCCAUAUUCUUCGUCAAGGAUGAGGCAACAGACCGGCUAGCUACCCAUUAUAGCGCAAAAAUGUGGCAGGCGGGCAUUGGCUCACCUGAUGCCGAAAACGAUGUCAAGAAUUUGGAGCGGUUGGCGAAACAGGAGUCAAGCCAAGACAGCAGCUCCUCCGUAAUAUACGCUGCGAAUAAGGCUGCCAUUCGCCUUGGGCUGUGGUACCGCCUGCAAGGUAGAAAAGAGGAUGCAGAUGCCUGCUUCCGGCCAUCGAUCAAAUACGCGAUUGAAUUAUUGUCAGAUGAUGACCAGGGAAAUAAUGCAUUCGCUUAUAAAACCCUCAGGGAGGUACUGUUAGCCACUGGGGAGGACGAACUCGUCGUUCCCGUUUUCUAUUGCCUCGUAGCCAUCCUCAACGAUUCGAUGAGGAAUCAAACCGGAAAAGAUAGGAAAGCAAACGAUGAUGACAAACCCUACAUUGGGGAAUGUAAUGGGUGCCAAAAGCAACUUCGAGGAAACGACAGCGUCUAUGUCUGCACCUACUGUCUUGGAAUGACGUUGUUAUGCGAAAACUGCGAACUGCUUGCAAAAGGUGGCGAGAUGCGAGAGGGAGCGUGCAAUGUAUCGCAUGUCCGGAUGCUUAUCCCGCCCAAUCCUGAUCCAUAUGUGGCUGAAAAGUUCCGUGUUCAGGGGAUGCUUGUUGAUUCGGAGGGCUUCAAAAAGCAGCUAGCAAAGCGUUGGGGGCUUUGA